AUGGCUCAAAGACUCGCGGACGCCGGGCGAUUGUGGGGUAAAGCGGUUAUAAUACCUUCCGACAAAGAGGAAGUGCGCCAAGAGCCUGUCGCUUCAAGUGGUGACUUUCUCGAAGAGAUGGAUGAAGAAGUCGGCACCCCCCGAGACGAGCCUUUGGCUGAAGAGUCUGAAGUAGAAGUUUCAUGUUCUGCGCCUAUACAAACCGAGACUCCUACUGGAAUGUCCGAGGCUGAGGACGUUGAAGAGCCUUGCCCCUCUCGGGAAGUGAUUGAUCAGGAGGUGCCGGGAUCUGCUCCUGAAACUCAAAGUCCCGGUCAACCCGAAACAACUCCCCAUGUUGGAGUGGCUGAGGAGUCUCGGAUCGAUUCCGAGAACGUUACCCCUGAAGCUGGCGUGCUCCCCAAGACUUCUACUAGGAGCGAGUCUCGUGCUGAGGCCAGCCCAAGCACCGGGGCUGUACCUCAAGUGGGUCCUAGCUCUUCCUCCAGGAUGACUGCCCUCUGGCAGAAGUGCAAAAAUCGUCCUGCGUCUCCGCCCACUCCUUCCCCCGAAGUGCAAGCCCGCAUCUCGGGUCUAGAGGAUGAAGUUGCGGCGCUGAAGUCUCUUCUUCAGUCCAAGGACGAGGAACUCGCGUCCCGGGACUCGAUUAUAUCCGAGAUGCGUUCUGCUAACGCUCGUUUGAGUAACGAAGUGGCGGAGGCCAACGGUCGGUACGCUCGCUCUAUUGAAAGUCUUUCUUCCGAGCUGGAUCGUGCGGAUCAAUUGUCUACCCGUUUGUCGGCUGUGCAGAAUGAAUGCUCCGAGGCGUGCAAGAAUGCGUUGAGUGCCGAGGCUGAAAAGGACAAACUCAAAGAUGAGGUUGAAAGACUUACAGCCGAGAGGGAUAAAGCUCUCAAGGCGCAGGAUCACUCGGAGAGUCUCUUGAUUCGUCUCAGGGCCAGAUAUGACGCCGAUCGGACGGUUGAUCCGACGUUGGUGGGUUUUCCCGAAGAAGCCAUUAAUGAGAUGGAGGAGUUCGGUAAGGACUUCAUGCCCGACGUUCCGAAUUGGGGUCUUGACGCGCCAGUUCCCGAAGAAGACCCUCUUGACGAUCCUGCCAGCUAG